AUGGAUGGGAAUUUGCUCUUCGUCGAGCUGGACGCGCGAGCGCGACGACGGGUGAUGGACGCCAUGACGCCCUCGUACGUCGACGAGGGCGAGAUCGUGAUCGCGCAGGGCGAUACGAAUUGCGAUCGAUUCUACGUGAUCGAAAUCGGGGAGACCGCCAAGCAAGUGGCAACGCUUGGCCCGGGUCGGGGAUUCGGCGAGCUCGCGCUGCUGUACGCCUGCCCGCGAUCGGCGACGGUCGUGGCGGCGACGCCGUUGAAACUGUGGACGCUGCACGCGAGCGCGUUCAAGGCGAUAAAGCGUUCCAUCGCGACGAAGGAUGCAUCUUGUAUGCUCGAACUUCUGGAGAGCGUGGAGCUAUUCAACGCUCUGUCAGAGCAACAGCUGAUUGCGAUAUGUACCGCGGCGAGAAGAGAGGUGUACGAGACGAAUGACGUUGUAUUCAAUCAAGGCGAUCCCGGAAAUUGCUUCUACAUCGUGGAACGCGGCGAGGUGAGCGUUCGAGUCCAUGGUGGCGAAGUCGCGAAACUCUCGCGUGGCGAUUUCUUCGGUGAGCGCGCACUGAUAAAUAAUGAACCUCGUGCGGCGACGAUCGUCGCCGCAACCGACAUUUCGUGUUUGAAACCGGUGACAGCUGAGCUCGAGGAGCUCCAAACCAUCGGUUUCUUAGGCGUUGGAUCGUUCGGUCGAGUGACGCUUGUGGCUCACGAUGGAGAGACGUACGCGCUGAAGGAAAUUGGCAAAGCACAAGUUGUCGCUCGCGGGUUGGUCGAGCACGUGUGGCGCGAAAAGCAAACCAUGGCGCAAUGUGACUCACCGUUCUUGGUAAACCUUCGGCGUACCUACGUCAGCGAAAGAUCGAUUUACAUGCUCAUGGACAAAGUUCUUGGUGGAGAGCUUUUUACGUACUUGCAAACUCGAAACUCGCCGCUGCCCGAGGCGCACGCCAAAUUUUAUGCGGCGUGCGUGGUGCUGGCAUUCGAGUAUCUGCACGACCGGCAGAUCACUUACCGCGAUUUAAAGCCAGAGAACCUUCUGAUUUGUACAAAUGGUUAUCUCAAAGUCACGGACUUUUCGUUCGCGAAGAAACUUCCGAAGGGCGCGAAAACUUUUACGCUGUGCGGCACGCCACAAUACUUGGCGCCCGAGCAAGUACAACAAGUCGGCCACAAUCGCGCCGUCGAUUGGUGGGCGGUUGGCGUUUUGGUGUACGAACUCGUCAACGGCGUCCCACCUUUCAAUCAAGACGACCACUACCAAAUGUACAAGGCGAUCAACGAGGUCAAAUUCCACUUUUCGCCUCGCAACGGCCCCAAAUUCCGCGCCGUCGUCUCCGGCCUCCUUCGCCGCAUGCCCGCGAGUCGACUCGGCAUGGGCAAAACCGGCGCACGCGAAAUCAAGCAGCACGAGUGGUUUGCAGACAUAAACUGGAGCGCUCUCGCGCAGCAACGCGCGCGCGCGCCGUACGUGCCGCUCGUCGAAGACGUUCGCGAUUUAAGGCACUUUGUGGACACCGGCGACGACGUCCCGGGACUCUCCGCGAAGUGGGGCACCUACGCCUCCAUCGGGCGAUUUACCGACUUUUAA